ACAAACACACACUACAACCAUCGAAAGCCGUAUACGAUCGAGUUCCGCAGCAAACACGCACUUGAUCGAAGAAGAGCGCGCUCCCACGAGCUCGUUCGUCGCGGCAAUGGCGCGGCGCGGCGGCAUGGGUCAGCAGCUGCUGCUGGGCUGCUGCAUCCUGGUGGCGCUCGCGCUGGCGUGCGGCGUAGCCUCGGCGCAAACGUCGGAGAACGGUCAGUCCAUCAAGCUCCCGCCCAAGGCCGCGUUCCAGACCAUCACCAUCCCCAAGAACAGCACUAAGCGCCUGUUCGCGGUCACCUGCUCAGAGAGGCGCAAGACGCCCUGCGUCGUGUCCUGCCCGCGCCGCUGCCCCAACAAGUGCCUCGCCUACUGCAAAUACUGCAUGUCAUUCUGCGUGUGUGAUCUCGUCCCGGGCACUUCGUGCGGGGACCCUCGCUUCACCGGCGGGGACGGCAACACCUUCUACUUCCACGGCAAGAAGGACCAGGACUUCUGCAUCGUCGCCGACGAGGCCCUCCACAUCAACGCCCACUUCAUCGGCAACCACAACCCCGCCGUAAAGCGCAGCUUCACGUGGAUCCAGGCCAUCGGCGUCAGCUUCGGACAGCACCGCCUCUACGUCGGCGCUCGCAAGGCCGCCGUCUGGGACGAGGAAGAGGACCACAUCCACAUCAUGUUGGACGGCGAGACCGUCGACAUGGAGACCGUCAAGAACACCCGGUGGGUCUCCAAGGCCUUGCCCGCCUUGUCCGUCACGCGCACCGACACGGUGAACGCCGCCAUGGUGGAGCUCGACGGCGUGUUCAGCAUCUCGGCCAACGCGGUGCCGAUCACCGAGGAGGACUCGCAGAUCCACAGCUAUGGCAAGACCGGGAGUGACAGCCUCGUGCACCUUGACCUCGGCUUCAAGUUCCAUUCCCUCACCAAGGGUGUGGACGGUGUGCUCGGCCAGACCUACCAGCCGGAGUAUGUCAACAAGGUGGACAUCGGCGCCAAGAUGCCCAUCAUGGGAGGCGCACCGAAAUACCUUUCGUCCAGUCUUUUCUCGACGGAUUGCGCCGUCUCCAAGUUCCGCAGCAACAACGUCGCCCGCGGGCCUGUCGUCACAUUUGCCUCGUAAAUCGGUUGCCCUUAUAGGGACAUGUAUAAGCACCCACCAAUGUUACAAUGGAAUAAGUCAGUAACUGGGGUAUAUAUAUACAUACAAGAAGAAAUAAGUUCGGGAAACAUGAACUGGUGGUGCUUAAAUCUUUCAAACAUUGUAGAAAAAAGCUACAUUUCAAUUGAAUUGUGACCGAGCAAUUUUGAAUUGUUUCUGAUAAAA